CCCAUUUCCAACCGUUUGAAAGCGCCCGUUGUGGGAUGUUCUCGUCUUCAAGGGUCAGCAAGUAUGAGCAGAGCUGCAUUCGCCGGGACGACGAGCACCUUUUUCUUGCCCUUGUCGGUCGUGAACUCGACAGUGUCGCCCGUCUCCUCGUCGGGACACGUGUACACACUCACUCUCUGCUAUACGUAUCUCAGAUUGCCCCUAUGCUCUUAGCGUGGUGUCUUCGUGCCAUAUCUGAUCGGUGACCAGAACCAUUAGAUUGGUAAAGACCAAGGUCAUCAUUUCCGUCAUCGACCACCUGCGUGGACCCACAAAGGCACACAAGGAGAAAAGAUCAAAGAUGACAAAAAUGACGCUAUGUGUGUCUCUCAUAGCCGGAUUUGGUUCGAGAGGGCGCGCACAUACCAGGGGCUGAUUUCCAUUGAGGCGAAUGCUGACUGCAUGCUGGCAGCUUGAGCAAGGGAAGAGGCCGACCUGCUGAAGGUCUCGCGCAUGGAGAGCACUGUCGUGGUGAUUCUUCUGCUUCGACAUGUCAAAGAACCAUCUCCACUUCCCUUGCUGGAGGCCGCUUUCCCAUGCUCAUGAUUGGUCUUCGCCGUGUCUUUCCAUGUCUCCUCUAACACUGCCUCUCUCGUACAUCGACCAGAUUUGAGAAGUCGAUAAAAUGUAUGCAGAGUCCCUGCAUCGCAAAUCGCAGCACAGGUAGAGAGAUAAGUGGAUAGAUUCCCAUAUAUGCUGUAGGAAGACAUACCGUGAGGAAGAAGUAUGUCGGUAAUGAGAUCAAAGCUAAGGCAGAGAAACCACAUGUAAAGACACAUUUGUGCUGGUUUUGUGGCUUCCAAGAAACGCAGCUUACAAUGCGAUGGCCACCGAGUAGAGAAGUUCACUGCUUAGGCUCACCAUCUCUGCUUGUAUGAGUCUAGGUGAGAGUAGGUAGGGCACCGCAGUCCACACAACCACAAGCGAGCUCCAAACCGGUGGACCCUCCUAGAAAAUGGACACACCUAGAAAUAGAUCAAUCUACAAGCACAUUCGUACUCGUAGGGAUCUUAUGAUCUUGUUAAGCACACAUACAACUGGCCAACCAGCGACGACAGUCUGCAGAGCAAUUUGAGCCUGGCAGGGGAAACACAAACAUAAAUGUCCAUGUGUAAGGCAUGUCUAGGUGCAGUGGUGGAACGAAUGUGUCAUAUAUCUUUCCUUACUCGCGUACCCUGGCAUAGUCGUCUCUAGCUUUGCUGCCUCGAGGCAUGAAGUGUCUCAU